AGAUGAGCAGCUGAGACUGUCAGACAACGACACACACACAUCCUGACUUACACAACAACACACACAGACACCUAGCUACAGAAACACACACACACACACAUAAUACAUCCACAGACCUGAAGAGUGCUUGGACAACAGCUAUGAAUCAGUCAGCGACGAGCAUCUUGCUCUCCCUCUACAAAGCUGGGUGAGGAGUUGUGCUGUGGAAAAGCCUCAUCUGCCAGGACCACAGGCCUGAUCAGCUCUAUGAGAAACAGACUGUGUUGUGGGUGACUACCCUGUCCGCCUGGGGAGUGAGGGGGACUCUAGGCCACGCGUCUGCUGCUGAGUGGAUUAGCAGAGAGGAGGUCUGAGAUGUCUUUUGCCAUGAUGCGGCCAAGCGCCGGACACCUCCUGUGCUCGGAGCUGGGCACCCUGUCAGGGGACGAGGAGAACAGCAGCGAGGACUCACACUCUGACCACAAGUCCUUCUGUCUGGAUGCGGCCAGCCUGGGAGGCCUGAAGGCCACAUCCAGGAAGCGCAAGCUAGGCUGUCGGCCGACCCAGACGGGCGACGCACGCGCAUUUGUGGCUGAGUACCGCCAGCGGAACGCGGCGAACGCUCGAGAGCGCGACCGCACCAACAGCGUGAACACGGCCUUCACGGCGCUGCGGACACUCAUCCCCACCGAGCCGGCCGACCGCAAGCUGUCCAAGAUCGAGACUCUGCGCCUGGCGUCCAGCUACAUCUCCCACCUGGGUAACGUGUUGCUGCUGGGGGAGGCCAGCGCCGACGGGCAGCCCUGCAACCGCUCACCCUCUGGCCUCCACCGGACCCCACGGGGCCACACGCGCAACGCCCCCCCCAGCCCCGACACCGAGAACUCACAGCCCAAACAGAUCUGCACCUUCUGUCUCAGCAACCAGCGCAGAAUGAACAAGGACCGUGACAGAAAAUCAGCUAUAAGGAACUAAUACCGAGGACUGAAAAUGUCAUGUCAAAUGCCAAAUGUAUAAAGAUCU